AGCAACGCACACCCACCCAUACAAAUCUUUUACAUUUUGUAUUGUGCUUCGUGGAACACCUGUACUAUUCCCCCUAUUAACUGACCUCAUCUGAGCAAGCAAGCGCGCGUGUGCAUCAGCACACACACACACACACGCAAAGAGAGAGGAAGAGAGAUGUCCAAAGAGACGGUGAAGGUGCUCGUGGUGGGUCCAUCGAAGAGCGGGAAGACGACCGUGACGAAUUUCCUCUGCGGGACUCGCGAGACGCCAACGAGCAAGUACUACGAGACGAAUCCGUUGCGCAUCGUUGAGACGGAGAUCGAGCUGGACACGACAAGCCUCAGCGACCGCCGCGUCGUCUUCGCCGGCGGCGACGCCAAGACGAAGCGUGUGGUGGUGCAGAUUUGGGACCUCGGCGGCAGCAGCAAGCACCAGGCCGGGUGGCCCGCGGUGGCGAACAAGGCAGACGGCAUCAUCUUCGUGUUUAACCCAGAGGUGAAGAACGGCGAGAAGGAGCUGUCCCUGUGGCACAAGACCUUCGCCGUGAACCAGUCGGAGCUGGACGCGGCAGGCAACUUUGCCAUUCGCGUACCGGACAAGCAGUGCCUCGUCUUUGCACACCACUCGAGCCCACCGGCGAAUGCGGCCGGCACGGGGCUGCCCGCGAUGCCGAAGGGUUUAGAAAAGAUUAAGGUGUUAGAAACCUCCCUCGACUACCACAGCGACAACUUCAAGGCGGCGUUUGACAAAUUGGUGGAGACGAUCGUGCUAGCCCGCAUGGACGCCGAGGAGGACGAGGUGCUACAACGGGAGGGCAAAAUGAACCUCUGA